AUUAAGUAAAGCACUUUUUGCGAUUACAAACACACACGAAAUAAAGAACGGAGCACAACUACCUUCUACUGAAACUCCGAUCACCGGAUAAAUUCCCGGUGACCGGAAAUUUCCUGAGCGACAACCUCGAAAAUUAUUUCAAUUUAUUCGAAACCGAUGGAUUCUCCGGAUAAUAGCGAGGAAGAGCUGAGGGAUUGCAACGACGACGACGGCGGCUCUACCACUCUCCGUCGCUCCUUUCUCCGUUCCUGCUUCGCCGUCGCUUUCGCUUUCCUAAUCAUUCUUCUGCUUUCAUUUUCGGUUCUGUACUUUGCUGUUUUGAUCGCGAAUUUAUCAAUUUGGAGCCCGAUUUCGGUUCAGUCUCGCUGCAGAAUAGUUUCCAGCAGUGUGGAUCUGAGGUCAUCAAAGGUCUGUGAAUUAGGUCUUUUUAACUAUAAAGCUAAACAUGUCUUUUACCCUUUUGAACGGAAAAAGUAUCGGUGCCAUUAUGACUACUACUGGGCUUCUGUUUUUGAGGUUGAAUAUGUAGAUCAUUCAGGACAAGCAAGGUAUGCAUCAGCAGAAGCCCCAAAAGAAGCUCUUCCAUACAAGUGUAGACCCAAUUUUGGUGCUGCCUGGUUGACCAAGGAUAAAUUUAAGGUAAAUGAAACAUAUGAGUGCUGGUAUACUCUGGGUGUUUCUAAGGUUAAUAUAAACAAUGAAGGUUUAUUCAAUUGCCAAGCUGAGGAUCCUGAUACUGUCGAGAUGCUUAAACGAUAUUCCAUACUGUUUACAAGGUUACUGAAGUCAUGGGUUUCCGGUUCGGGAUCAAUACACCUAUGGAGAUGGGAUCUAAUAGCUGGAGCUAUUUCCGGCUUUAUAAUGUCCUUUCUAUCCAUUACCUUAAUUGGAGUUCUCUACCCGUUGCUAGACAUCAUUCGCCGACGUUUUGCAUCCUGGACUUCCACGCCUCACCCAAGUACUAUUUUAUUAAAGAAAGUUUGUUUCUUUGCAGUGUAUUUUUCCUUUAUGAGUUGGGUCACCGUUCAAUACGUGCAAAGGCUCGGCCUGUCAUAGACGUAUAUAUGCUUACAUUAGAAAGGCACUCAAUUUUCCAGUAGUGCUGUUGACAAGUCUGAAACCUGCAUCUCUAAGGCAUGAAAUAUUUUAACAGUUUUGUAACAGAGACAAAAAUAGCAAUUUUAGCAGUUAGUCAUCUAGUUCCGCUGUAGGUAGUAGUACACUUGCUUAUAUACCAGGACCAUAAAUGUAUAGUUUAUUUUUUUCUUCUUGUAAAAUUGUUGUAUCAUAUUAAUCAUGAAAAUUUCAAAAAAGAAAGUACAGCCUAUCCCUAUUUCCAUUACGAAUUUUCUAUGCU